CGCAUACGCUCUUCCAUAAACUCAUGCCUUUCAUCGUACAGCUACUCCGUCGGCCAGCUCAUUCUCUUAUGGCCUCUUUUACCUCUCAUAGGAUUCUUUUGUACAUUCUCAUCUCAACGCUGGCAGUGGCAGCUGCAAUUGCCAACGCUCUCAAGAAUCAUAGCAACUUCUACUCCGUCACCAUUUAUCUGUCAAAGAGCAGUAGAAGUCUCCUAGUCCUUGCAAACUUUGCAUUCAUUCUUGCUCUCUUUUGUGGUCAUUUUGUUCAGAAAAUCUUCUUUGGUACGCUUCGUCCUAACGAAGUCGAGCGUCUCUACGAUAGGCUUUGGUUUUUCAUCACCGAAUCCCUCCUAGCAUUCACCAUCUUUCGCGACGAAUUCGAUAUCCCUUUCGCCCUCAUGUUUGGUUUUCUUCUCUUUGUCAAGUCGUUCCAUUGGCUUGCAAGUGAUCGUAUCGAAUGGAUGGAUCAAAGACCCUAUCCGGGUCCUCCACUCUUAUUUCAUCUCAGGAUGUCAGCUCUCUUCGCCAUUCUUUGGCUUACCGAUUUCAUCAUGUUCCUUGUCGCCGUUGAAAACACCCUCGCCCAUGGUGUUGGCGGAAUGGUCCUUUUUGCCAGCGAAUAUGGCAUAUUGAUGGCAAGCGUCUCAAAUACCAUCGCCAAGUAUUUACUCUCAUCCUACGAGUUGAGAAGAGCUGGCCAACGCGGUGGCGAGACUGCACCUCCAUGGGAGAAAAAGAGUAUGUGGGUGUUCUAUAUCGAGCUCACAACCGAUUUCCUGAAACUAACGACGUACCUUGCCUUCUUCUCCGUCAUUAUCACAUUUUACGGUUUGCCAUUGAAUAUCAUCCGAGACGUUUACAUUACCGCCCGUUCACUCUACACGCGUCUCCACGCAUUACAUCGGUAUCAGAUUGCGACUCGGAACAUGGAUGAACGAUAUCCUAAUGCAACGGAACAAGAGCUGUCUACCACGUCAGAUCGUACUUGUAUCAUUUGCCGAGAGGAGAUGGUAGCGCCUGCCCCAGCUGAUCCUCAUCAAGCGCCUGCUGCCACAACGGAUGGGCCUAAUAUGACUCCAAAGAAACUUCCUUGCGGUCAUAUUUUCCAUUUCCAUUGUUUGAGAUCCUGGUUAGAGCGCCAGCAAAGCUGCCCCACAUGUCGUCGAACUGUAUUGGAAAAUACAACGGGUCCUGCUCGAGCUCCUGCUGGAGAUGCACCUCACGACCCCCAGCAGGCCCCUCCAAACCCUCCUAACGCCCGGCCCAGAAACGAAAUGGGACUGUUAGGAAGGUUCUUGGGACAUCAGAACCAGCAACCCGUUGUCCCUCGGAGGCCUGCCUUCCCUCUGCAAGGCAACUUUGGUGCACCUCAUGUAAUGCACGAUGCCGCUGGGCGCGUCGUUAUACAAUACAAUAUAGAGUACCAGCUUCCUCCUCGUCCCGACGAUGCAGCGUCCGCACGUCCCGCACAGCUGCAGCCUGUACAACCAUUUAAUGGUUUUGAAGGCCCAGACAAUGUUUGGCAGCCGUGGCGAGCAAACGAUAACCAAGCGCCCAAUACAAUCAAUACGGCGCCUACACGCACGGCGUCCUCGAAUCCUCAAACAUCGUCUCAAUCGGAACCUCUCACGGCGUCCUCGAAUCCCCAAAUAAUGUCACAAUCGGAACCUCCCGCGGCAACCUCCAACCCCAGAAACCCCAGAGACGAGGCUGCUCUUGCCGCUUUACGUCGACUCAACAGUUCCAGUGGAGGGCCUCCUGGAUGGAAUGACACUUCGGCACCUAGUAGCACACAAAACCAAGAUGAACCACGUGUUGAUGUCCCACAUUUAAUCCCGCUAUAUGACUACGGUUUCGACAAUAUUCCCGAGCGAACCAGCGCCUCUCAGGGUCCCGCGUUGACUCGUGCCGUCGAUGCUCAGAUUCCAUUCCGUGCUUCACCUGCGGGAGAAGAAUCCACCAGAAACCGCGUGCCAUUUGGGGCUGGGACUUCUAUACCUAACCUUCAAACCAGUGAAUUCCCCUCCGGUGAUACACUGACCGAUGAACAGCUCGGUGUUCUUGAUAAACUGACGAGGGAAGCCAUUGACGAGCGGCUACGGAUAUUGGAACGGGUGUCCGUGUCUAUGAAUGGGAGUAUUGAAGAGUUGAUUCGAAUGCGGAGCGUACUUCCGCCAACGUCGUCAUUGAAUAGUCCCAACGCUUCAGUGACGGAAAACCAAACAGCCGGAAUGGUAGACCCCCAAAGGGACUCGGCUGAAGAUUUAAUACCGCAGUCGUCGGUGUCGAUCUAA